UUUUUUUUUUUUUUUUUUGCAGGGAAAUUAGAGACCUUAGGAUCCAGACUCAGGAUCUCUGGGCUGCGCGGGACUAUUCAGAACCCAUAAGCCCAGAAUCCUACCCUGUGGGAUGGCACCACCUACAUUCAGGAAGGGUCUGCCCUCCAUUAAACCUCUCUGGAGAUGCCUCACAGACACACACAGAGGUGUGUCUCCUAGGGCGUUCUAAAUCUAGUCAAGUUGACAAUGAAGAUUAACCGUCACAGUCCAGCUCUUUCCUCUUCUGUUCUCUUCACAGCCUCCUCACUCACACUGCCUCCUCUUAUCAGCACUCAGUCAUGUCAGCUGAUUUCACUAGAGUCGAUGGCUACCAGACUUGAAGAUGUUACGAGUGCAGAGGCCAAGACUGGCCAGGCUGAGAGCCUGCCUCUCCAGAGGUCUCCACCACAAGCCAGUGAUGGCUCUCCGGAGAGAGGAUGUGAAUGCCUGGGAGCGCAGGGCACCUCUGGCUCCCAAGCACAUCAAGGGCAUCACCAAACUGGGAUACAAGGUCUUGAUACAGCCUUCCAAUCGACGGGCCAUUCACGACAAGGAGUAUGCCAGGGCUGGCGGCAUUCUUCAGGAGGACAUCACAGAAGCUUGUCUAAUUUUGGGAGUAAAAAGGCCUCCAGAGGAAAAACUGAUGUCCAAGAAGACUUAUGCCUUCUUUUCCCACACAAUAAAGGCCCAGGAAGCCAAUAUGAGUUUGCUGGAUGAGAUUCUGAAACAGGAAAUCCGACUCAUUGAUUAUGAGAAAAUGGUGGAUCACCGAGGGUCUCGGAUAGUGGCAUUUGGACAAUGGGCAGGUGUGGCAGGAAUGAUCAAUAUUUUACAUGGAAUGGGUUUAAGGCUCCUUGCUUUGGGACAUCAUACACCUUUUAUGCAUCUUGGCAUGGCUCACAACUACAGGAACAGCAGCCAGGCUGUGCAGGCUGUCCGAGACGCAGGCUAUGAAAUAUCCCUGGGUUUGAUGCCAAAGUCAAUAGGACCCUUAACAUUUGUAUUCACGGGGACUGGCAACGUAUCAAAGGGAGCCCAAGAAGUCUUUAAUGAGUUACCUUGUGAGUAUGUGGAGCCCCAUGAAUUAAAAGAAGUUUCAAAAACUGGAGACCACAGGAAAGUGUAUGGGACGGUGUUAAGUCGCCAUCAUCAUCUUGUCAGGAAAACAGAUGGUGUGUAUGAUCCUGUAGAAUAUGAGAAAUAUCCCGAGCGCUACAAAAGUCGCUUUAAUACAGAUAUUGCACCCUAUACAACUUGUUUAAUUAAUGGAAUCUACUGGGAGCAAAACACCCCUCGCCUGCUAACUCGCCAGGAUGCUCAGAGUCUCCUGGCCCCAGUGAAGCCUUCAGGCGUUCCUAUUGAAGGGUGCCCUGAAUUACCACACAAACUUGUGGCAAUAUGUGACAUUUCAGCAGACACAGGAGGGUCUAUAGACUUUAUGACCGAGUGUACUACAAUAGAGAGACCCUUUUGCAUGUAUGAUGCAGAUCAGCAUAUUAUUCACGACAGUGUUGAAGGCUCCGGAAUUCUGAUGUGUUCCAUUGACAAUUUGCCAGCACAGCUUCCAAUUGAGGCUACAGAAUACUUUGGAGACAUGCUUUACCCUUAUGUUGAAGAAAUGUUGUUGUCAGAUGCAUCACAGCCCCUGGAAAGCCAGAACUUUUCUCCAGUGGUUCGCGAUGCAGUGAUUACAUCUAAUGGUUCAUUGACUGACAAAUACAAAUAUAUCCAGAAACUCCGAGAAAGCAGAGAACGUGUUCAGUCCCUUUCAAUGAGUCCCAAGAAGAAGGUGUUGGUGCUUGGGUCUGGCUAUGUAUCUGGGCCUGUUUUAGAAUAUCUGUCAAGAGACAACAAUAUAGAAAUAACAGUAGGCUCUGACAUGGUGAACCAAAUGCAACAGUUAAGCAAGAAAUACAAUAUUAACCCUGUUAGUGUGAACGUUGCUAAACAAGAAGAGAAGCUGCAAUCCUUGGUAGCGUCUCAGGAUCUUGUUAUCAGCUUGUUGCCUUAUGUGUUGCAUCCUGUUGUGGCCAAGGCAUGCAUCUCCAACAGAGUCAACAUGAUCACUGCGAGCUACAUCACACCAGCCAUGAAAGAACUGGAGAAGAGUGUGGAUGACGCUGGCAUCACAGUCAUUGGUGAAUUGGGAUUAGAUCCUGGUCUUGAUCACAUGUUGGCAAUGGAAACAAUUGAUAAGGCCAAAGAGCUGGGAGCCACGAUUGAGUCUUAUGUUUCCUACUGUGGUGGCCUUCCAGCCCCUGAAUAUUCAGACAAUCCCUUGCGAUAUAAAUUCAGCUGGAGUCCAGUGGGAGUCUUGAUGAACAUAAUGCAGCCUGCUAGCUAUCUGCUCAACGGAAAGGUUGUGAAUGUGACAGGGGGAGUCUCUUUUCUCGACUCUGUCACAUCCAUGGAUUACUUCCCAGGCCUGAAUUUGGAAGGGUAUCCUAACAGAGAUAGUACACGAUAUGCUGAAAUUUAUGGGAUUCCAUCUGCCCACACGUUGUUGAGGGGUACACUGAGAUAUAAGGGAUAUUCUAAAGCUUUGAAUGGAUUUGUAAAGUUGGGUCUCAUCAACAGAGAAGCAUAUCCUGCCCUCCUACCUGAGUCCAACCCUCUCACCUGGAAACAGCUCCUGUGUGACCUAGUUGGAAUUUCCCGCUCCUCUUCGUGUGAGAAGCUUAAGGAAGUUGUCUUUACAAAGCUGGGAGGGGACAGUACCCAGCUUGAGGCUGCUGAAUGGUUGGGCUUAUUGGGGGAUGAGCAGGUCCCUCAGGCAGAGUCUAUUGUGGAUGCAUUCUCCAAGCACUUGGUCUCAAAACUCUCCUAUGGCCCUGAAGAAAAAGAUAUGAUUGUGAUGAGAGACAGCUUUGGCAUCAGGCAUCCCUCUGGACAUUUAGAAAAUAAGAUCAUUGAUCUUGUGGUUUAUGGAGACUUCAAUGGCUUUUCAGCAAUGGCUAAAACUGUGGGGUUACCGACAGCCAUGGCAGCUAAAAUGUUGCUGGAUGGUGAAAUUGAAGCCAAAGGCCUAAUGGGACCAUUUACAAAGGAGAUCUAUGGGCCAAUAUUGGAGCGGAUUAAAGCAGAAGGCAUUGUAUUUAAUACACAGAGCACAAUCAAGCCAUAAAUGGGAAUUCAUUUUUUUAGGCAUCAAAGCUGUCAAUUUGUGUAUGACAAACAUGCUUAUCAAUUUGCUAAAGCAUGAAGUUUUGUGUUUUGAGCAUAACUCAUUUAAAACAUGAAGCAUAUGUUUUGAGUAAGUUAAUGCAAUGGUGUUUUUAAAACUCAAAUCUCUAUUUUAGUAAAACUUUUGGAGUAGAAGAUGCCAGUCAUUACAGAGACCUUUAAUAAGCCUAUUGUGUAUUUUUGUGUAUAUAAAAGUGAUGAUGAUCAUAGUUUAACUUAUUGUGCUUCUUUUAUUUAUAAGAACAUAUCAGCAAAUGCAGUUCUACUAUUUUUUUGCCAGAAAAAAUUGCAUGUAGUUAUAUUUUUGUAUUUUUCAAAUUGAUUCUGCUAGACACCUUUUUAUUUUAAUUUUAUUUUGCAGUACAAUUCAGUUCUACAUAUCAGCCACGAAUUCCCUUGUUCUCCCCCCUCCGGCCCCCCUCACCUUCCCCCCAGCCCACCCCCCAUUCCCACCUCCUCCAGGGCAAAGCCUCCCCCGAGGACUGAGAUCAACCUGGUAGACUCAGUCCAGGUAGGUCCAGUCCCCUCCUCCCAGACCGAGCCAAGCGACCCUGCAUAGGUCCCAGGUUUCAAACAGCUAACUCAUGCAAUGAGCACAGGACCUGGUCCCACUGCUUGGGUGCCUCCCAAACAGAUCAAGCCAAUCAACUGUCUCACCCAUUCAGAGGGCCUGAUCCAGUUGGUGACCCCUUAGCCAUUGGUUCAUAGCUCAUGUGUUUCCAUUUGUUUGGCUAUGUGUCCCUGUGCUUUAUCCAACCUUGGUCUCAACAAUUCUCGCUCAUAUAAACCCUCCUCAUUCUCGCUAAUUGGACUCCCAGAGCUCCACCCAGGGCCUCUGCUAGACACCUUUAGACUGACAUAUCUACAAUUGCAAAAGUAAUGUUUCAUGCCUUUUGUAAAGUUAUGAUCUAUUUAGUAAAAUUUUUUUGAAAAUUA